AUCAUAUGGAUGGCGAUGGGAUGGAGUGGAAUCGGAGUGAGAGUGAGAGCUACAGCAACGCUAUGCUAAGCAUACAAGCAGCGUAUUGUUGUCAUUGUUAAAGUUAAAUUUGUAGGUUAUGUUUUUAUUCAUGCUCAGUGAAAAUUAUUUGUAUUAUUGUGUUUUUAUCCGAUCACAAUUACAAUAUGGAUUUAAAAGCUCAUAAAUACAACUGGUGUAUCGUAUAAGAAAAUCGUAUACAAUUUCUGUACAAUGACAGGUAUAAACAGAGUGAUUCAGUACUUCCGAUGGCGACCAAUUUUAACUGGUCUUUGUUCAACCCAUAAAUGGAGAAAUUUCCGCAAAAGAAGCUCAGCAGCCGUUCUACUUGCUCACUGUGCAUCAAUCAAAGAUGAUAAAAUAGUUCCUGUGCAGUUUCCUGACCUAAGCCAUCUUAGCCAUGAGCAGUUGAUAAAGCAAGCGUGUACGGCCACUGUAAACUCUGCAUCACAGCUGCUUACCUGCACCCUUGUGGCAGUAAUUGACGUCAGUAAUAAGUACAGCAAAGCACUGAAAGAUCAGUUGAGUUUACUAGAAGAAAGUUUAACACAUUUGGGAAACGAGGGAGUACAAGAAAAUUUGACAGAUUUAAUAACUGAAGCUAGAAACAAUGUGGACUCCUUUAGGCGUGCGUUUAGGGAGCUGGAUUCUCUAAUGGAAUACGUAGAGAAAUUGGUUAUCUCAGCGACGGAAACCUCCUACCUAGCCGGAGCUGAGACUGCCUGUGAGGCUCUCAGUGAACGGCUGCACUCAGCCAAAACUAAGGUCUGGGUUCUCUUUUAACCUCAUAUUUCCACAGUGAUCUCUGACAUAUGUGGAACAAAUCAAGUUAAGUAAGAAGGAGCCAGUCAAGUGCAAGAGUAGACUUUUAAGAAUGAAUUUUAGUGGUGGCAAAAGGACACAUAUGUUGCUGCCAACAGAGCUACCGAAUCACCAAUUGUCUAAUCGUUGGUCUCAUGCUUUGGACUGAGAUAAUAAUCAGGAAAAAAAUAUCUCACAGACAUAACUAAAUGACGAUUAUGAGUAACUAGAGAAUAUUAGGACAUUAGUUUCAUCUUAUUUGCAAGAGAAAUAUCAGUACCGAGUUCCAAAAUACCUCAAAAAAACAAUAAAAACCAUCCACAUUACCCCUCGUAGUUGGUAAAAGGAGUAAGGUUGACCCAUUCAUGGUCCACAGAAUCACUCCGAGAAAACUUCUGAUCUUCAGGGCACAUGAAGUUGCCGAAACAUCUCUCUUCGAAGUUGACUCCGCUGUCAAGAAGGAACUUCACCAUGGCUGGAUCUUCAUUUACAAUCGCAAUGUGAAGAACAUUCUCACCUGUAAUAUUAUAAGAUUUUGAGUUAAUUAAUACUAUAUCAAGAUGUACCUGAGUGAUUUAAGGGAUGGUUUGAGUAAAAAUAAAGAUCUUUUUGAAACUGUUUUAGAAAGGUUUGAAGUUUACACAUCAGUGAUAAACUAGAAUACAUACUUAGUGAAGAUGAAUGGAGUAUGACAUGAGUCAAACUUGUUAUUAAGCUCAGUAUAAUGAGAUUGGGAAGCUACUAAGGCAUAAAUAACCCAAAUGUAAAUGGAAAGAUACAAGUUAAAUGAGAGAGUAGAUUAGAUUAGCUUUGUUACUGACUAAGAUCAUUUCAGCUUGUUUUUUCCAGGAUAAUUUUUAUUAGCAUAUUAAAUGGAGAGCAGGGUAAAAUAUCAAAAAAAUUUACAACUAACUUACUCAGGAUCAAACCAUCAACAACCUAAUUAUUUGGCACUUAACCACCCAGCUACCCUCAAAACUAACCAUAAUACUCGUCGCACAUGUAGAUGUCGUUGAUCAACUUCGGGUAGAACUUGAGCAGUCUCUUGGCCAAGUCUGCGUGUACUGAUGUAGCACUGAGUAGACACAAAUGUAGCACAGUCUCUCCUACAGCGCCUCUCUCAUUGAGGUCCCAACACACCUCUCUAUACUUGCUGGUGUCUACAACAAACAGUGGCCUAUCAUUUAGAAGUAUUGACAUGUCAUAUGUUUAUAUAUGAAAAUCAAAAUCUUGUAAACUUUAUGACGAAUAAACAUUUCAUUUCAUUAGAAAAA